AUGUUGAGGUUGUACGGAGCUCGCGCUCCGGCUUGGAAACUUCAAGAUCAGUCGACUGUCGGUAAAACAGACAACAUUCAUGGGCCGAGCAGACCAUCCAUCAGCCUAACCGACAUGGAAGAGGUAGUUAUGAUGGUAAGGGUUCCUGUAGAGAUGUUAAAGCCUCGUGCCUACCUCUCUCCAACUCAUGGACUCCCACAUCUGACACAAAUCUCGGCUCUUGUCUCAGCGCCACAUCAACUAAGCGCUCGGGGUGCUGGUGCCCUUCACCACGCCAUCGGCAAGGACAAAGUCUCUCGUAAUUAUGGUUCGGAUAUUAAUUGCGAGUUAAGUCCCCAUGCCCGACAGCCAAUCGUUGUUGGUGCCUGGGGCCUGCAGCUUGAAGAGAACGUUGUUGCCAUCGCCAUGACCGCGAUGGCCGGGAAAACAUUUGCGACAGUCAAUGCUGAGCGACUGAGGGCGGGAGGUAUGUAAAUGCGCUGUCUUGGCCUAAAACGUAAGCAGUUCUGAAUAGUGUAUGAAACGGCAUCUCAG